AUGAAGUCUCCAAUGUACAUGUUGGCCGUGCUUCUUCCUCUUGUUACCGAAGUUGCUUUGGGUUCGCCAACUGCGGAGCCGGAGGCCGAUUUCGAAUCGCUCGAAGAGCGCGGCAGAGGAAACGACCAUGAUUGGGAUGACAAACAUGACUGGCACAACCACAACCCAUGUGAGGUGAAGCGGUCUUACCCAUACUACAAGUACCCCUGCGGAUCGAGCCCUACAACUGGAAAGUCCCAAGUGGGUGCUAUAUUCACGCCCUCUUGCCGGUACCAGCACGGUAAUUCCGGUGUGUGGUUCCUCGCCCCUAAGGGAUGGGUUAAGGAGACAGACAAGCCCCGCAAAUGCCCCGGAACUAGGAAGCCAUGCACUUAG